AUGCCACGAGAGACACGUAAAGUGAAAAGUUUAGGCAGCAGUAAGACGACAGCGACAGCGACGCCGAAACCAACGAUAGUUAUGUCGACGGCGCCAAAAUUAAAACAAACGCAUCGCGACGUGCAAAAGCAACGUCGAAAAAAUAAAUGGCACGCAGCCACAAGAUAUACACCGGCGCCAGCCGCGCCGGUGGGAUAUGCGUCGGCAUCAGGCUCAUCCGCGGGAUACGCACCGGCGCCAGCCGCACCACCGGCAGGAUACGUACCGGCGCCAGCCGCACCACCGGCAGGAUAUGUAUCGGCGCCAGCCGCACCACCGGCAGGAUACGUAUCGGCGCCAGCCGCACCACCGGCAGGAUACGUACCGGCGCCAGCCGCACCACCGGCAGGAUACGUACCGGCGCCAGCCGCACCACCGGCAGGAUACGUACCAGCGCCAGCCGCACCACCGGCAGGAUACGUACCAGCGCCAGCCGCACCACCGGCAGGAUACGUACCGGCGCCAGCCGCGCCACCGGCAGGAUACGUACCGGCGCCUGUCACGCCAUCGGCAGGAUACGUACCGGCGCCAGCCGCGCCACCGGCAGGAUACGUACCGGCGCCAGCCGCUGCACCGGCAGGAUACGUACUGGCGCCAGCCACUGCACCGGCAGGAUACGUACCGGCGCCAGCCACUGCACCGGCAGGAUACGUACCGGCGCCAACCACUGCACCGGCAGGAUACGUACCGGCGCCAGCCGCGCCACCGUCAGGAUACGUACCGGCGCCAGCGGUUUUAUCCAAAAUAAAAAGCGUUCGAAAGCUCCUGAUCAUUCGCUGCGGUAUGCUGAAUCGUGACGUUAGAGGCGAGCAAUGA